UGGCACGUGUAAAACAUUAUUGCUUACUGUUGUUUUGGGUAGAUUUUAAUUAAGAUGUAAGACUUAGUUAGCAUUUAAGCAUUUUAUCAUUGUACUCAAUUCUAUGUAAAUGACGUUGUUAAUACUUGUUUACCACAAGUAUUAGGAUAUGCUAGCUUGCAUUCUUGUACUAUAAAACCCCAAUGAAACAGCGAGUAUGUAUUCAAUUGCUCUUACUUGUUUUACCCGUGCAAGUACUGUUUAUAAAAGUGUUAUAUUAAAUUGAAUCAAAUCUAUCUUGGCAGUUUAUUUAUUUUACUAAAGUCUAAAUCAUUUAAUUACUAUAUUUCGUAUACUGUUAAGAUAGUGUUUGUAUUGAACCCUACAGUUCAUUACAUAUUUGGUGUCAGAAGAAGUUAACGGCUUGAAUUUUUUUUUUGAACGUCAAAAAAAAAAUAUUCGUUAGGAAAAGUCAAGGACUUUUCGAAAGCCGUGCCACACUCGUUGUCCAGCCGAGCCGCCCAGCCAAGCAGCCUAGCCAAGCAGCCAAUCCGCCCAGCCAAGCAGCCCAGCCAAGCAGCCCAGCCACACAGCCAAGCUGUCCACCAACAACCAGAGUGUCAAGUCGUGUAUAACCAGCCACAAAAUCAUGUCGAACGCUUUAUUAUUGUAAGUCAUUGGAUUUAUAUAGCUUAUGUCCGAUAGUGAUAGUUGGAAGGUAGUUGAAUACGACCCAGACCAGUUGGUGAUUAGGUUAAAAAAUAUACUAGGAACCAAGACCAAAAUGGCUAACGAUGCUUUACUAACUUUAAAUUCAGCCAUUAAAAUGGUACCACAUUUUUCUGGGGGGUCAGAAUCAGAAUUAACAUGUUUUGAAUCUAGAUGUAAAUUUAUCAUGGAUAAUAUAGACCCGAUAUAUAAAUUAAAACUUAUUGAGGUUAUUAAAACUCAAUUAUCAGGUAGAGCUUUCGAAGUUAUUAGGUACCGUGAUGUUAAAACACUUAAUGAUCUUCUUAAAAUAUUGCGCGAAAAUUUUGGCGCUACUCAUUCCAUCACAUUCUUACAAGCGCAACUCAGUUCAUUAAGGCAAGGAUAUAAAGAAAGCGCGCAAACUUAUUUUUCUCGAGUCGAGGAAACAUAUCAAAAAUUAAUACAAGCAUCUACUAUAGAUAAAACGAGCAUAGAAAGAAACGCGAUAGCAGAAACAAUAAAAUCUCAUGCGCUUUCAGUUUUUAUAAAUGGCAUAAAUUCAAAUUUAAGAAUUAUUUUAAAAGCGCGUAAUCCUACAACUCUGGAAGGGGCCAUUUCCAUUGCUGUAGAAGAAGAAAAAAGUGUUGAGCCGCGCAAUUUUUACAAUAACGGCGCAAAUAAAUAUAAAAAUAACAAUAAUAAGUAUACAAAAAAUUCUAAAGAUAAUGAUAGGGAUAAAAAGAAUAUCCGCUGCUAUCGAUGCAACCGUGAAGGUCACGUCCAAGGAGAAUGUAGGACAAAAGAAGAGAACUUACCAAAAUUUACUAACCCAGCGUAUAAUAGGAGUACAAAUAUUAAACGGGAAAAUAAAGAUAACAUUAAAACGUGUGCUUAUUGUAAGAAGCCUAACCACGAAAUUAAAUUCUGCAGGAAACGCAUUUUUAACGAAAAAAAGAAAAAUGAUAAUUCGAACGAUAAUGGUGACGAAGGCACCUCGGGCUCAAACCGAUCAGUACAGGAAAUUAAAAAUAACGUGCGAGUAGUUACAGAAAUAAUAGACGAACAUAUAAUAUGUAAAUCUAAUUCUUUUAUUAAUGCAUCAGCUAAAUUUUUGAUAGAUAGUGGCGCGCAAAUGAACAUUAUUAAAAUAGACUCGCUAAAAGACGAUCUUAUCAUAAACGAAGAUGAAAAACGGCAACUACAGGGAAUAUCGGCAACGCGCGUAAGCACAAUCGGAACAACAAUUUUAGACAUUCUGAUUAAUAACAGUACCUUAAAAAUAAAGUUCAAUGUAGUAGAUAACGAUUUUAAAAUAAGACAAGAUGGCAUUCUGGGUAAUUCAUUUUUAAAAAAAAACAAAGCCAUUAUUGAUUUAAAUCGCGACUUAUUAAUUAUUCCUACGGGUACAGAAGAACUUAACUCGUCACAUUUAAUUAUUCCACAGCGCUCUAACUGCCUAGUAUGUAUUAAAGUAGAAAAGCCAAUUCAGGCUGAUAACAUUUACAUUGAAAAAAUAGAAUUAAGCGACGAUGUAAUUAUCGCAAAUAGCGUAAGUCCAAUCAAAGGGCAACACACGGUAGCAAAUAUUAUAAACAUAGGCGAACAACCGGCUUUCGUAGAAAAUAUUGAAAUGAAUAAUUUAAUCUGGGGGCCGUACGAUAAUAACAAGGUAAAUGAUAAUACUACACCAGACCAAUAUGAUGACUCAAGUAAUAUCAUGUCUAUCAGGGAAAAAUUAAGUGGGGCCAGUAGGUUAGAAGCGCUCGCCAAGCUUAUUAUAACAGAUCAUCUACUUGAUGACGAACGGGAAAAAUUACUCGAUAUCUGUUUUAAAUACUCGGAAGUUUUCUUUCUUGAGGGCGAUAUAUUACAAGCAACAGACGUAAUUACUCAUAGAAUCCCCACUCCCAAUCUCACGAAACCAAUAAACGAAUUAUUACAGUUAUCGGACAUAAGAGUUUAUUACGCCAAUGAUAACAUUGUUUAUCUAAUUAAUUUACCGUUGGUAUACCAAACACAGCUAACACUGUUUGCCGUACUAGCAAAACCGGUAAAAUUAGACAAUAAUUUUUCUUAUGUAUAUGUUAAACCAAAUUUUAAAUAUCUAGCUAUAAGUAAGACGAAUGAGCACUAUACGAGCUAUUCAGAUCUAGAUUUGUUAAACUGCGAAGUAUCAAAAACCUUCCUGUUAUGCCCUGAAAUUCAAACCUUACAUCCAACAAAUAUGAAACCUACAUGUGAAGUCCAAUUAUUCCAAAAUACUAGAAUUUUCCCAUCCAAUUGUAAUAUUCAAUACCUAAACAUAUCAUAUUCUAUUUUCCAUAAAUUAAAGUAUAAAAAUCAAUGGAUUUUUACAAUUCCAUUUGACACGUUAUUUCUCACGUGUGACAAUAUUAAAGAAUCAAUAUCUUUUUCAAUAGAAGGGGUAGGUAUUCUUUCUUUAAAUGAGUCCUGUAAGGCAUAUGGGAAAAAUGAUAUCCUUAUUCCUUCCCCAAUUUCUAAAGAUAACAUUUUCACAGAUGUUAUUCCAAAUACUAACAUAUCUAGCUUAAUAAAUUCAACAUUGUAUAAAUUUCCAAUUACACAUGUUACAGAAUAUGUUAAUAUCCAUAAUUUAAACGAUAUGGCUAAUCUCAAAACAGAAUUGUUAUUACCUAAUCAUGAACAGUCAUAUGGUCUGUUUUUGUCUGUUCUUACUAUAUUACUAAUUAUUAAUAUAUUAAUUUUUAUUGUAUUCAUUAUCAUAAAAGUUGUAAGUACAAGAGAAACCUUGCGUUCAGUUGAAGGACAUACUGGUCGUAAUUUCAACAUAAACAAUGAAACGGUUAAUGUAAACAAUGAAAAUAUUAAUGUACUUAACGAAAGUAUUAGUGUAAAUAAUAUUAACAAUGAACCUCCAUGUGUUCAUACUGAACAUUCAUUUGUUAAUAAUGAGCCUCAAAAUGUUCGGAACGAACAUCUCAACAGCAAUGUAGCAAUACCAUACCAUAAUUCUAACACGCCUCGUGCUACAUUUCAUAUUCCAAACCGUUUUUACUCGGUUUAUCCACGUUUAUAAAAUAUAACCAUUAUAUUUCUUAUUAUAUACAUUAUAUUUCUUAUUGUAUUCAUAUUAUAUUCAUAUUAUACUCAUAUUAUAUUCACAUAAUCCAUAUAUUAUAUUCUUAUUGGUACGAAAAACAUCUGGGUACUUCGUCCACAUAUGUUUUUCAUUUUAUCGGGGGGAUGUAAUGGUCAGAUCUCCUCGAGAUACAAUAUUGACCAUGGCACGUGUAAAACAUUAUUGCUUACUGUUGUUUUGGGUAGAUUUUAAUUAAGAUGUAAGACUUAGUUAGCAUUUAAGCAUUUUAUUAUUGUACUCAAUUCUAUGUAAAUGACGUUGCUAAUACUUGUUUACCACAAGUAUUAGGAUAUGCUAGCUUGCAUUCUUGUACUAUAAAACCCCAAUGAAACAGCGAGUAUGUAUUCAAUUGCUCUUACUUGUUUUACCCGUGCAAGUACUGUUUAUAAAAGUGUUAUAUUAAAUUGAAUCAAAUCUAUCUUGGCAGUUUAUUUGUUUUACUAAAGUCUAAAUCA